ACGGUUUCGGACUAAUGAGCGCCCGGGGGCGGGGCCUGUAUCCCGGAGGUGCUGGUUUAAACAUGGCGGGAGAUGUGGAGCGGGAGAUGCGGCUCUUCACCCGGGGGCUUUUCGAGCGGAGCCCGGACCUCAGCGUCCUGUCUCAGUCCUCGGUUCGCUCCCGGUUCCUCGCUCACUGCGGUCGCUCGGCGCUGUCCUCACAGGAGCGGCAGAUCCUUAAGAAGAUUGUGGAGGAGGAGCUGCUGAGGAUGCAGGAGGAGGAUGACAGUGAUGAUGAGCCCCUCAUCAUGAAGGUGCAGAAGAGGGGGCGACAGGAGAGCGACGGGGCUGAGGGGGCAGAGGGCAAGGAGCCCCCGGGGAAGAGGCGCAAGCAGAUAGAUGAUAAUGAGUCUGAAGAGGAUUCUGGGAUCGAGCAGAGAGACAGCAAGAGACUGUCCGGGAGCUCCCCCGAGGCCCAAGGGUCCAAGACCCCCACAAAGGAGAAAACGGAGGAGAGAGGAGAAGGGUCAAAGAGGAAGGUGAAGACCACACCCAAAAGAGGGAAAGAGACCGUUCAAGACAGCUCGGAGGAAGAGACAGAUCAGAAUACAGAGACUGCCAGCAAACAAAAGAGUGUGUGUGAGUCCAGCAGCGAGAAUGAAUCCGCCGCAGGUAAGAGACCGCAGAACAUGGAAUCAGACAGUGAGGCGGAAGAGACUGCGCCCAUACACAAGAAAAAAGAGGCUGCCAGCGGGGGUGGAAAUAGGAAAGUCAAGGCCGCGAUUAAGAGACCUCUGAAAAAUGAGUCGGACAGCGAGAGCGACGAGGAAGAAUCUGGGGCUAAGAAAAAGGCAGGAAAGGAGAAACCUCAAGUGAAGGGAAAGAGAUCGCCCAAGAAGAAAGGCAGCGAGGAGGAGAGUGCAGGAAAGAGAGCGCCCAAGAAGAAAGCCAAGAAAGACAGUGAUAGUGAGGAGGAGGAGGAGGAAGAGAGUGCAGGAAAGGGAGCGUCCAAGAAGAAAGGAAGCGAGGAAGCGAGUGCAGGAAAAAGAGCGCCCAAGAAGAAAGCCAAGAAAGGCAGUGAUAGUGAGGAGGAGGAGGAAGAGAGUGCAGGAAAGAGAGCGCCCAAGAAGAAAGCCAAGAAAGACAGUGAUAGUGAGGAGGAGGAGGAAGAGAGUUCAGGAAAGAGAGCGUCCAAGAAGAAAGGAAGCGAGGAAGAGAGUGCAGGAAAAAGAGCGCCCAAGAAGAAAGCCAAGAAAGGCAGUGAUAGUGAGGAGGAGGAGAGUGCAGGAAAGAGAGCAUCCAAGAAGAAAGGCAGUGAGGAGGAGAGUGCAGGAAAAAGAGCGCCCAAGAAAAAAGCCAAGAAAGACAGUGAUAGUGAGGAGGAGGAAGAACCUGCAGGAAAGAGAGCGUCAAAGAAGAAAGACAGUGACAGUGAGAAUAGUGCGUCAUCAAAUGAAGACAGCGAUAGUGAAGAGGAAGAGAGUGCAGGGAAGAGAGCAACAGUGAGAGAGACUCCAAAGAAAGAGAGUGCACAAAAGGCACAGCCAUCAAAUGAAGACGAUGAUAGUGAGGAGGAAAAGAGCGCGGCCUCCGAAAAAGACAGCAGUGAGGAGAGUGAAGAAGAGAGCGUAGGAAAGAGAGCGCCAGGGAGUGACAGUAAGAAGGCUUCAAAUAGUGAGGACGACGAGAGUGACCUGAGUGCAGAUAGUGAUGACGAGAAGGCGGCAAAGAAACCCAAGACAGCAGCCAGUAAGGGGAAAGAGAAGAAGACCGCCCCCAAGAAGAAGACCGCCCCUGAGAAGAAGUCCGCCCCAGAGGAAAGUGACUCCCAGGAGAGCAACGAGGAAGGAGCGAAGAAGAAAACUGAAGGAAAAGAUGGAGGAGACAGCGAUUCCUCAGAGGAGCCCAGCCCCAAAGGGAAGGGAGACAAGAAGCAGAGCGCCUCUAAGGAGGAGCACCCCUCCAUCCUGCGCCUUAAGAAGUACAUCCUCACCUGCGGGGCCCGACGCAACUACAAAAAGCUGUUUCAGAACUGUCGCUCUGUGAAGUCCAUGGUGGAGGUGCUGAAGAAGGAGCUGGAGGACCUGGGGGUGAAAGGGCAACCGUCACUGGAGAAAUGCAGAGUGGUGCGGCUGAAGAGAGAGGAGGCGGCCGAGCUGGCGGAACUGGACACCAGCAACAUCAUAGAGACAGCUGGACGACCCCGACGCCGAAACACUUGGAACCCUUAUAAGACGUCCCCAAGGCACGGAGCCGCUGCCUCCUCUUCCCCCUACCGGAAAACUGUGGGAUCUGACUCUGAAGGGGAAGAAGGACCACCCCGCAAAAAGAGGCCAAUGGAAUGGUCCAACUUAAAGGGGAUCAUCAGUGAUGACGGGGAGAGCGACUGAAGGAUCUAAUCUCUCCAGUCUCAUGGACAUUGGACUUAAAGGAGCAAAAAUAAAUUUAAGUUAACUGGAGACAUCUUUGACCCGUGCCAAGAAAAUCGCCCGCUGUGAUGAGAAUAGAACUAGCAGCAGACUGGGAUCUCUCUUUUGCAAAAUUACAAGUCCCAGUAUGGAGCCAUGGAGUCACAUACACUAUAUAGACAAACUGGGACACUACAUAGUCCCCCUCUGGAAAGUAAAGUCCAGCACCUAUAUUUAUAUAUAGGACAGUGUUAUCCAAAUAUUGUGCCUCCAACUGUUGCAAAACUACAACUCCCAGCAUACCUGGACAGCCUUUGGCUGUCCAAGCAGUAUGUAGCCAUGGAGUCACAUAAACUAUGUAUAAAAACUGGGACACUACAUAGUCCCCCUCUGGAAAGUAAAGUCCAGCACCUAUAUUUAUAUAUAUAUAGGACAGUGUUUUCCAAAUAUUGUGCCUCCAACUGUUGCAAAACUACAACUCCCAGCAUGCCCGGACAGCCUUUGGCUGUCCGGGCAUGCUGGGAAUUGUAGGUUUGCAACAGCUGGAGGCACCCUGGUUUGGAAACCCUGGUCUAUGAUGUCAACACUUCCCGGAUAAUUUGAUUAGAAAUGUGUUCACACUUUGCAGUUGUAUUGUAUUCAUUUUGAGCUUUAUUUUUUUUUCCAGCACUUUCCAAAAUUGCACGACUGUGAUUUUGUAAAAUGCCACAAAUCUGCGAAGUGUGAACACGGCCGAAGCCGGCGGUCACUUCCUUAGUGAUCACGCGCCAUUCUGUCCCUCUCCUCCACCUAUGGUCAGUCUCGUUGCAUUGUCUUUUUAUCAGUUUUUUUUUUGUGUGUUUUGUCUUUUUUUUGUUUUUUUAAAUUUUUUGCUGUAAAUAAAAUUUUUCACACUGAUUUAUAUUUUUAUUUUUUGUUAAAUUUAUUAUAUAUUUUUUCUUUUUAUUCAGAAAUAUACAUGUGCAUCACAGCCGCGGCUGAAAAAUAAGGAUCCUAUAGAGAAGUGUCCUCUAAAAUUAGUGUUUCCUCCAACCUGUGUGCUUACCAGCUGUCGCAAAACCACUACUCCCAGCAUGCCCGGACAGCCGUUGGCUGUCCGGGCAUGCUGGGAGUUGUAGUUUUGCAACAGCUGGUAAGCACACAGAUUAGGGAGACAACUUCUAUAGUCAUCUUCGUGAUUAAAAAUAAGCGGCGACGGCGCCGUCCUUCAUUACCACCACACAGGAAAAAUAAAAUCAACUCUAUAUCGUAGGUACCGGAGCCGCAGUCUUCUGUAGAGAAUGGAAGGCGCUACAACCGCUAAUUGAUGUGUUUCAGCCCCUCUCAUCCCUCCUCUCUGGAUCUCUGCUUGCUCUCAGUGAAUGGAAGCAAAUGUUAUAUCCUAAACAAUCAUUUUUGACAGGAACAAGGUUAGAAUUCCACUUUAGUUUUAUUUUAUUUUUUUUAACUCUGCAGCCAGAUGUUAGCUGGGAAUCAAUAGGGAUGUAUGAAAAGAGAGAGAAUUAUUUUUAUAUUAAUUUAUAAUAUAUAAAUAUAUAUUUAUAAUAUAUUUUCAUUAAUUUAUAAUAAAUAUAUAUUUAUAUUAAUUUACAAUAAAUAUAAAUUUAU